AGCACAUGCCACAGUCGGUCCGACAGGAAGAGUCUCCAUCUCUGUGUAGUUUGAUGUAGCAGUAGGCUACGCGCCAGCCAGUUAUUAGAGAGAGUGAGUGAGAAGAAGUAAAAAGGAAGAGGAACAUCGAAGGAGGCACAGGAGCGCAGCAAGCGGAGAGAGAGAGAGUGUGUGCAAAGUGUGGUGAUUUAUACGAAGCCUGCUUGGACGACGGUGUCAGGUCCAGGGGUGUAGUUUACACCGGGUCCACGGGUGUGUGAAAUUUUAUCUUCGGUAGAUAAAAUUUUAUGUAAAAGUCAAGUCGGAACAAUAGAGGAUUGUGGUGAUUUUUUGGUGGUCCCCUUUUGGAUACAACCCUGGUGGAAGUUUUUUUUUCUGCGAGCAGUUGAGUUGGUUCAAGUGCAGCGCCACACGGUGGCCAACGUUGGAACUGCGGCAAGUUGCCAGUGAAAAAUGGCGACAACUGCAAAUUCAUAUCCAGAAUCGGUGGUAUUGAAUCGUCAAGUGUAUAGUGGCCUCCAGCCUACGGUUGUGCUGUAGAAACAAUUAAUUGUGCAUCGGAGAACACACGCGAAGGGUGUGGUGACUACGUGAGGCAAAAUGUCGGCGAAGAACAUUGAAAACACGAGCGAAAAUCGAAAUUUUCUCGCGAGCCAAAAUGACGUCGAACCUGCUCAGAGUGCGACCGCAGCGGUGACUGCUGCCGAAACGACUGGGGCGCUCCAAGCGGUUCCCGAGCGAACUACAAACACUUCGGCUUCGGCACCGCCUGCUACGACGACGAAGAUGGACGAAGCCGCCGGUAUUGCUCGUUCGUCCAGCAGUGGCGGUGGAGGGCCAAACGAGAAGCGCCGGAGUAAUGACGGGGCCAAGCGGAAGACUCGCCGGGGCAAGGCCAAACGCGGCAAACGGUCGUCCAGCUCGCGGCCCUACACCAAGUCCCAGUGGAAGUUCCAGAACCAUGUCCGGAUCGGCGCUGCUGUGGCCAACAAGCGGCGGGCCGAGUCGCUGUCUGACCAUCCACCGCUAGUGCCAUACAACACGAACCGCUUCCUGAUGGAGGACCACAUGCCCCAGGUUCUGACGCCCUCAGAGGAUGAAGAGGAGUUCCUGACCAAGGAAUUCUCCAGCGUGUACGAGGACGCCCGCUCCGAGCGGCUCGAGGGCCUCAGCAAAACCCAGUUGAUCCAGGAAUACCUGCAGCUGGAAGCCAACUUUGAGCAAGUCACGCGACGCUUCGCCGCGAAACCAGCUGCUGGUGGUGGUGCUGCCAGCGCGCGGGAAGAAAACGAAAGUUCUGUGAAUGCAAUCGAAGUAGGCGGCGGCGGCGGCGGGGGUCGCCGGCUAGAGGACCGAAUUCGGGAGCUCACGGCGGAGAAUCUCGAACUUCGCCGACAGCUGGAGCACGCGUCCCGCAUCGGAAUGGUCCUGUCGGCGAAAUCGUCCCCGCGGCCACAUGCCGCCGGGGGAGCCGGAGUCGAACGGAUGGACAGUUCGUCCUGCUCGAGCAGCGAAGACAGCGAGUCGGACUCGUCGUCCUCGUCCAGUUCGAGCAGUGGCGGAAGCAGCUCGAGCAGUAUGAGCGAGGAUGAAGACGACGGCGACCAAGAUGGCCGUCGUCGGGGUGAGCUCGUUGAGGAUCGUCAACCGCUGGUGGCCAUGAUGGACGGUGGGGAGGGGGAACCGAAUGGGUAUCAUCAGCUGAAUGGGGUCCUGGAGGAGGACGUCAUUCCGUUGGAGAACGGAAACGGAGGCGACUUUAACGGUGCCGUGUCUCCGCUGAGUGCGCACAGCAUCAAUUCUCCUCCUCCUCCGCUGGUGAUGAACUGAACUGCUACCGGAACCGAUACUACUCUUCAUGUUGGCUGUUUUGAUUUCUUGCAGGUUUGAUUAGUUUACUUUCUUAUCUUUUCAUUACGUUUUAGUUAAGUUUAGUGGUUGGAUUAAAAUCUACAUAAACAAACACAAACAGAGUCACAAUUAGUUAAGCUUGUAACUUCAACAUUUUUCUCAAUAUUUGAGAACAACAUUUCCCUACAUUUUUGUCUGCAUAAUGUUAGUGAUUGUAAUUCUUUUCCAAAUUAUUUGAUGAAAAAAAAUAAAACAAAAAAAUCGUAAAAUAAAAUAUAUUCCAAACAAAAAGUUUACCCUGUUUCAAACAAAUACAUUUGACUUGUUAUCUAAGUUAUGCGAAAGUAAGCUUUUCUUUAGAUUAAAACCUUCGAAGCGGAAGAAAAACUGAGAAAACCAUUACUUGUUGCUAAAAGUCGUCAUCUACCAGAGACAAAUUCACACAAAAACAAACAAAAUAUACAAAGACGCAGGUCGUUGCGACAAAGAUGAAAUUGACAUGUGAUUUCUUUAGUAAAACAAAACGCUAUUAAGGUUAAAUGGACAAAAAGGACACAUACAAGUAAUAUUAAAGUCGAAACAAACAACACAUUUACACACAAUGCUAGUGAUCUAGAAUGAGGGACACAUUUUAUAGAUCUAGAGAACGUGAGUAAGAAAACGAUCAACUGGAAAUCGUAAUGUGAUUUAACAAUAAUUAAACACCCAAGCGUCGCGUAAACAAAAUUAAGAAUCCAGAUAUUUAUAUUUUUAAAACUUUUUAUAUCUCGCGAAAACCAAAAAAAAAACAAGAAAUAAAACCCCUUUGAGAGCCGAUUUUGGAGAACACAAAA